CGUGACCGUAAAGGGGGCCCGGCUCUGUCGUGAAAGGGCCGCAAAAAGGCCGAGGGCGAGUUGACGGCUGCGACUCCAUUUCGUGGGUCGCUUUGCUGUGUGCAUCCACGGCGAUUCUUCCUACGGAGUUCUAAAGCUAAAGGCUUACAAUUAAAAGGAAGAAAAAAAUUAAAGAUAAUUCGGGAGUACUAUUGACAAAGCGUGUGGGUCGCUCAGCCUCCAGCAAUAACUGCUGAUCUCCAGUCCCUGGGGGGUUCCGGUAAGAAGAACGCCCCUCCUGCGGUACUGAAGAAGCGGCAGGAGGAGAUGCGGCCCCUGGACAUAGACGAGGUGGAAGCGCCUGAGGAAGUGGAGGUGCUGGAGCCGGAGGAGGAUUUCGAGCAGUUCCUGCUCCCGGUCAUCAACGAGAUGCGCGAGGACAUUGCGUCUCUUAUACGCGAGCACGGGCGGGCGUACCUGCGGACCAGGAGCAAGCUGUGGGAGAUGGACAAUAUGCUCAUCCAGAUCAAAACGCAGGUGGAGGCCUCGGGGGAGAGCGCCCUCAAUCACGUGCAGCACCCGAGUGGCGAAGCCGACGAGAGAGUGUCGGAGUUGUGCGAGAAGGCUGAGGAGAAAGCCAAGGAGAUUGCGAAGAUGGCAGAGAUGCUGGUCGAGCUCGUCUGGCGAAUUGAGAGAAGCGAGUCUUCUUGAAGGAGGAGAUCGGCGGUUCACAGCUGAGGACUGUAGUCAACUGGUAAGGAUGAACUGACACCUUGAGGAAACUGAAACAGCUUGUCAUUUUCUGUUUUGUUUUUGUAUGUUUUUUACCCCCAUGUAACAGUCUCCCUUAUGGUCAGUGAUUGAGGACCUCUAUAUGGAUUUAGAUCAUCAAGUGUGUUUGGUUCUGGAAAUACAACUUUUGUCGAAGAAAUACUUUCAUAAGAGAAAUGGGGCUUAAUUAAGUUGUGUUUGUGGUCACAUUUAUUCUUGUUACUUCGCUGUGUUUUUGAAAUGUUGGGCAUGGCCUUGUAUUUUACUGUUACCUUUGUGACCUGAUCGUUUUUUGGAACACGUCAAGACUUGGGAUCAGAAUCUUUCAACUUUAGAGGUGCAGUGGAAGACACUACGCUGCCUGGUUGAGCCUGGUGAAGAAUGUAUUAAUGAGACUGCUUUGCAUAAAGCUGGGAAGAACGAGAAGACAGUUGGAGAUGGAAGGUGGUUUUGUAUAUAUUUUGGAACUUUAGUUCCUCUGUGAGAUGAAAGAGGAGAGCUAUGUUUUGUGGCACAUUGUCUGAUAUAUAUUGUGUAACCUGUCAGGUGAGUUGAUUUAGAGAACAUAGCUGACCUUUUAUGACAAGGCAGUUUGAUUAGGAACUGCUGUAAUACCCUCACACAUUACAGGGGCAUCAGAGAAUGGCAUCGAAGAGACAGUCUACAAAGAGCUUUAAGAGGCCAGAGAAAGGAAAAGACAUUAUCAGGGCCUGGAAAGUCUCUUCCAGUUCAUCAGGGUAGUAGAGCUGUCAGAUUGGAGGUCGAAGUCAAACGUAUAGUAAGUAUUAAUUUGCCUUGAAAAACAAAGACCUAAAAAGCCUUUUUUAAAAAAUAAAGUUUUUGUUCACAUGACCAAAGCCCCUCCUGUGUGUGUUAAUAAAAGAAUCAUAAA